AUGGCCGGCGGCAAAGGAAAAUCAUCUGGCGGCAAGUCCUCGGGAGGCAAGGUCGGUGUCGAUGGUAGCAAGAAACAGCAAUCCCACUCCAGCAAGGCCGGGCUUCAGUUCCCUUGUGGCCGUGUAAAGCGUUUCCUAAAGAACAACACGCAAAACAAGAUGCGCGUGGGAGCCAAGGCCGCCGUUUAUGUUACAGCUGUCCUCGAAUAUCUCACAGCGGAAGUUCUCGAGCUGGCAGGAAAUGCUGCCAAGGAUCUUAAAGUCAAGCGCAUCACUCCCCGCCACCUCCAACUCGCCAUCCGCGGAGAUGAAGAACUCGAUACCCUCAUCCGCGCAACAAUCGCCUUUGGAGGUGUUCUACCACAUAUCAACCGUGCGCUUCUGUUGAAGGUAGAGCAGAAGAAGAAGAACAAGGCAAUUGAGGCAUGA